AUGCUUUAUCUCUUGAUUCAGGUCAAUGAGGGUGUCAAAUGCGUUAUUCCUGAGUGUGUAAUGAGCAUAGAGUCCACAAAUAAUCAAUUUUUUGACCUUUUUGAUGCAAUCAUGUUAGAACAAUAUGAUGGAAGAGAGGUGAAGGUUUUUAUUAGACAGAAAGAAGUUGAAGGUUGGAGAGAAGUAGACAAUAGGUUAAAUGGCGAUUUAGCAAUGUUAGAAGUUUUGGGCUUUAGACAGGUUAAAUUUUGUCUUGUUCAUAAUAAAAAUUUGGAUCCUCCAAACUUAACUCAAGAUGGGCCAGAUGCUUUUAACAUCUUAAUAGCAAAUUCGAGAAGACUAUUACUUCCUAGACGUUGUACUGAAAACAAUAACUUUGACAGACUUUACAAUAAAAUUAUUGAGCUUUUUCAAGAUCAACAAGUUGGCUGGAUAUGCAGUUUACAUGAAACGAUAGAAAAAGAAUUCAUAAAUCAUCUUACAAGUGCUUUGUGGUAUAUUGAUCCACAUCUUUUGACAUUAAAAGCACGUUCAUACCACUUGCCAACUCUCUUCACACAGUUAAAAACAUAUAAAAAUGAUGAAUCCUACAACAAUUACUAUUAUACUAGUUAUCAUAAAAAAAAUCAACUUUCUCAGCAAAAACUUACACAUCUUUCGAGCUCUCUUGAGCUUUCUAUUAGUCAGCCAUGGGCGAGUGGUGAUAUAUGGAAUAAAGUAAUGCUCGCAGUUCUUUCUUUAAUUGAAGUCUUAAAAAAUUAUUCCAAUUAUUUAAUUGCAACUACUACUAGCAUGAAUGAACUUCAUUAUAGUGAUAAAAGUGCUUGCAGCUUUCAAAAUGACAGUAUUAUGUACCGAAUUGGUGCCUGUGAACAUAAUAAACUUAAAGAUAACUAUAUUGAAUUAGACGAUUUUUUAUUUGAAAAGCAAAUUUAUAAACAUGCUAAUAUUCAGCAAUUUCUUCCAAUUGAUGUUAUGAAACGUUAUCGAUUUAUAAAAGAGUUGCAACUUAUAUUUUCAAUUAGUGUAUACAG